AUGACACGCUUGCACGCAACAAUACCAGUGCUAUUGGCACUCUAUAUACUAACUACUUUGAAGACUGGAAGAUGUGCCCUUUUCACAUUGAGAGAUGUAUCUUAUUCAGUAUGCCUUAACAACACAGCCGACAGAAAUCUCUACCAGUCUCACGUGCGUCACAGAUGCGACGUCAAGGGAACCAUUGCAAACUGUUCAGAUCGAGGCUUCUUCACUGUACCAUCGGAUCUACCGUCUAACAUUACUGACCUUUUGUUCUCCUAUAACAACAUUGACUCUGUUCAAGGAAAGGCGUUGAGUGGAUAUUAUAAUCUCCGGUGUCUUGAUCUCAGCUACAACAAUAUAUCGAUUCUUCUUAAUACAAGUUUUUGGAAUCUCACUCAGCUAGAAGUUUUAGAUUUAAGCAACAACAAACUGGCCUUAUAUACUCCUGUACAAUCCCUUGAUUAUACCCAGCUGUCCUUGCAGCCAGGGUUUCUAGUACCGCUGGUUGGUCUGCAGGUGUUUGACUUUAGUGUGAAUGAACAGCAAUGUUUGUUUGAUUUAGUUCCAUUGUUGAGAAGCAUCACACACUCUGAUCUCAAAGUCCUACGGAUGCAAAAUAUUGUCAAUUCUUACAUGCCGUGUGUCACCGUUUCUGAGAUCUUUGCUUCAGUUUUACCUCGGAGUCUUCGAGAACUUGUCUUCUCCAGCAACAGUCUCGCAGUUAUUCGGCAUAAGGUCAUUGCAUCGCUUCCUGAGAAUUUAACUAUCCUUGACAUCAGCGACAAUAGGCUUGCAUUUGGUACUUAUUUGAAAAAUUUCUCGAAACUUGAGAACCUGAAAGUGUUAAAACUAAAUGGUGGAGACCUUAGCUUUUCUCUACCAACGGCCUACCCGUCGCAAGAGGGAAAGACCUGUAGCAGAUCAGAAUUAAGUACCUCGCAAUCAACAGAAAUGGAAAGCUCCACGAAUGGAACAAUUUUAAAACUGCCUAGAAAUUUGAAAUCUGUGGAAAUUAAAAUUGCUGGAUGGUCUUAUUCUUUGACCGACUUCAACAUUGACCCAAACAACUCCCUAACAACAUUCACAUUAAAUGGGAACAACAUUCCUAACCUGGUUGGUAAUCUCACAGGAUUGAACCAUCUGAAGGAGCUGGAGCUUGUCAACUGUAAUGUUCGCUUCAUAUCGGAUCACUUCUUUUGUAAUUUCCCAUCCUUGAAAAAGCUUGAUUUGAGCAUGAAUAUCUUCGGUCACAUAUUAUCGAAUAAAACGAAACAGUCCCCAUUCAAAUGCCUGAAGAACUUAAAACAGUUAAAUGUAAGUUUUGCUUUAAUAAUAACAAUUAGUAAGGUGGCAUUGGCAGGACUGGACAGCCUAGAAGAACUCCAUAUGCAAAGUAACCCAAUGUAUUAUUUUACUCCAGACAUUUCACAUAUGAGAAAUUUACGUUUCAUAAAUUUCAGCUUCACGGAAGUAGCAAGACUCAGUUCCCAUGUAACCAGGGCGUUGGACAGUAUUAUACGAAAUCGCAAAAGACCAAUAACUAUUGAUUUCGGAGAAGCCCCGAUACAUUGCGACUGUGUCAACCUCGACUUUCUCGGCUGGCUGGUCACGGCUAAAAUAGAUUUAACGAACCAAAACAAUAAAUGCGUCUUUGAUGAUUCCUCCGAGCAGCGAGUAGCCGACGGGUUCCUUGACAUGCACCAAACAUUAAAACGGCAGUGCACACCAAGAACAGGGUUGUUUAUUGGAGUCUUUGCUGCCACAUUUCUUAUUGUCCUUGUCAUUACGGCCUCCAUAAUUUACCGUUUUCGAUGGAAGCUACGGUACCUUUAUUACUCUGCAUACCUCAGUCUCAAAUCAACAGAAAACCAGACAGACAAACUGAAUCGGUUUGAGUACGAUGUUUUUAUUUCCUAUGUUUCAGAAGACCAAACGUUCGUCAUGAAAACUCUGUACCCAAAACUCCAAGCGGCAGGCCUCAAGGUUCAUGUCCACUGCUUGCAUUUUCUAGCAGGACAACCGAUUGGCUCUAACAUCGUGGAUGCGAUACAAAACAGCCGUUAUACAUUAGUGGUCCUUACACGCGAGUUGCUGGACAGUGUUUGGUGUAAGUUUGAAUUACAAAUGGCCAACAUGGAACAAGUUCACACUGGACGUCCUGUCCUUGUAUUCCUCCUUAUGGAGAACCUUACAAAGAAAGAGCUGGGCACAGAGCUGCUGUAUCACAUUCAGAACAGCACUUACAUCAUGUAUCCUGAUUCCACCGUGCAGCCCAAUGAGCAACAGAUAAACAUUUUCUGGACAAAAUUGGUUUCAGAUCUUCGUUCUUAA